AUGAGUUUGUUCUUUCCUAAUAUAUUCAAAGAGGGUUUAAUUGGUUUUGCAGAUGCAGGGUAUUUAUCUGAUCCUCAUAAUGGUCGAUCACAAACUGGAUAUUUAUUCACAUGUGGAGAUUGUGGUUUAUCUUCCGGGAAAGAGGCACCAACACUUUUAUAUGAGGAUAAUGCAACAUGUAUUGCACAGCUCAAGGAAGGAUACAUAAAAGGUGAUAGAACAAAGCACAUCUCACCAAAAUUCUUUUUCACUCAUGAACUUCAGAAGACUGGCGAUGUAAAUAUCUUGCAGAUUCAUUCAAGUGAAAAUUUGGCAGAUUUGUUUACUAAGGCGCUUCCUACUGCUACAUCUAAAAAGUUUAUUCACCUCAUUGGAUUGGGCCGUCUCAAAGAUCUUCAGUUAAAUUGUCAUUAUGGGGAGUAA